ACUCGUAUGUUUGACUAUGCAUGUGUGUGUGUGUUAAAGCAGAGAGAGUAAGAGGAAGGGAGAGGGAGAGUAAACAAAUGUAGACUCUCUUCUCUGUUAGCGCGAUAACAAAGGUGCAAAGGCAAUUCUGAAAGUCAGUCUGAAAGAGGAAAAGCAACGCACAACAACGACAUCCAGAAAAGAAGACAACACAAGACAAUAGUUUUAAUUCUCUAUUAAUGAUAGAUAAACAGAAGGUCAAUAUGUUAUUGCUCUUAGUGUUCGCCAGUUUGUCAGUUGCUGGCAAUACUCUGGCUUACUCGGCUCUUCGGGAUGCUCAAAUUAUCGCCGAGUUUAAGCAGGAAUUGGAACUGAAUCACGCCAAGAUUGCUCGGGAAUUGGUACAUAGUGCCAAUUGGGCCUCGGUUGGCACGAUUUCAACAAACGAAGUUGUAAAAGACUAUCCUAUGGUUAAUAUUAUAUCAAUUGAUGACAAUAAUGCAAGUUUUAUCUCCACGGGAAUAAUUCGCUUUCUGCUAACCGACUUGGAUUUUACGGGAAUGGACUGGCAAAGCAAUAACAAAGUUUCCUUUAUGUUUACGGAUGAACAAACCUUAAAUUGUACAAAUGCUAAGAAAGAUCCGAUGGAGCCCACAUGUGCCCGAACUAUGAUCAGUGGUCAAGUGAAAAAGCUCUCAAAGAAUUCGCCAAGUUAUAACUCUGCUCUUGACGUAUUUAUAGCUCGCCAUCCCCCAGCGAAAAAUUGGAUUAAAGAACAUAAUUUCUACCUGUGUGAGUUGGACAUUCAAAAUAUAUUCGUACUGGAUUUCUAUGGUGGUCCGCACCAGGUUAAGGUAUCCGACUAUUAUGCUAUUAAUAUUUGAGGAGCCCACAAUCAUUGAUAGAGGCCAAAA